ACCGGAAACGGAAGUUAGGGCGGAGCGGAGAGGGAGGUGGGUAAAUGCAGCGAAGGUGAGAGUUAGAGUGGGCGGGAGAGACUGGAAGGAGUGUUAGUGAGCGGGUAAGGGUUAAUGAAAAAGGGAGAGUUUGGUCGACGGCUAAUGAGGAGAGAGAGGGUUUGACAGUGAGCCUGUAGAGGUGGGUGGGGUUAGCAGAGAGACAGUGGCAGCACAGUUUCUAUUGGGUCUGUGAGGGCAUGGAGGUGCUGCCUGUCAGUUUCGCUUCAAGCUCUUAGCUGGUCAGAUAUUGACCCUUCCUCUUAGAGUUCCUAAGAUACUGCUUACAAAAUCUAUCCACUGCCAGGACCAAUGGCUUCCUCUUUACCACGGCUCCCCGCCAUGGACAAUGCCGCUGAAGGUUAUCAUUUUUACAUUGGGCUUGCUCUUGCCAUCAGUUCCAGCAUCUUCAUCGGAAACAGUUUCAUCCUGAAAAAGAAGGGGCUGCUACGCCUGGCCAGCAAGGGGGUGAUCAGAGCAGGUCAGGGUGGCCAUGCGUAUCUUAAGGAGUGGUUGUGGUGGGCUGGGCUUCUCACAAUGGGUUUAGGAGAAGCUGCCAAUUUUGCUGCCUAUGCCUUUGCUCCAGCAACUCUGGUCACUCCACUGGGAGCCCUCAGUGUCCUUGUGAGUGCUAUGUUAUCCUCUUAUUUUUUAAACGAGCGCCUUAACCUUCAUGGGAAGAUGGGCUGCAUCCUGAGUAUUUUGGGAUCGACAGUGAUGGUAAUCCAUGCUCCCCAAGAGGAGGAGGUUGGCACCUUGACUGAAAUGGUGGAAAAGCUCAAAGAUCCAGGUUUUAUUGUGUUUGCAGUAUGUGUUGUCACCAGCUGCCUGACCCUCAUCACUGCAGUGGCCCCCCGCUAUGGACAGAAGAACGUCCUGGUCUACAUCCUGAUCUGUUCGAUCAUCGGCUCCCUCUCCGUCUCGUGUGUCAAGGGCCUGGGGAUUGCCAUCAAGGAACUGUUUGUGGGUCGUCCUGUGCUGGUGCAGCCAGUCACCUGGAUCCUGCUGGGCUGCCUGGUAAUCUGUGUGAGCAUACAAAUUAAUUACCUAAACAAAGCCCUGGACAUUUUUAACACCUCCAUUGUUACACCCAUCUACUAUGUCCUGUUCACCACUGCUGUCAUGACCUGUUCAGCCAUCCUGUUUAAGGAGUGGUAUCACAUGACCAUAGACAACAUUGUGGGCACUAUCAGUGGGUUUGUCAUCAUUGUACUUGGGAUCUUCUUGCUCCAUGCCUUCAAAAACAUCAGCUUCACCCUCAGUACUUUACCCCCAUUCCUCAGGAAGAGUAAACCUGGCACCAUGUGGACCAACAUCAGGGAGCAGCAGCAGUAUCCAGGUCUGCCUGAGCAGGAAACUGAAAUCCUCAUCUGCCCAAGUGAAGCUGGGAUGCUGCAUGAUUUCACCUGAGACUUUGUUUCAAAUGAAACAGGGCUGAAUGGACUAUCAUUGGAUACGAUAGGCUAUGGAGUAAGUUCAGAACAUGCAAGAUUCCUCUGCAAAAAUCCAACUCACGAAUACUCACAGUUAAAGCCUGUGCAACUUGCCUUUUCUUCCAGCCAGCAUGUGCCAUUAACAUAAUUCAUUUCCCUUAAUUUGGGUCAUAAACCCAUUGCAGCUUGAAUUGGUGCUGUAUGAACAGCUGUGGUGCUGUUUGAUCAACACCACUUCAUGCAAUUGCAUCACUGUGCUUUGCUAAUGACAGACCUUGAAGGAAUGUGUUGUUUCCUGGUACUAAUAAGCUGUGAGAUGUAAAUAUGGUGAUUCAAAUACACAAAAAGGUGGAGCAGUGGAAUCUCAGCGCAGAACCAUCUUGUUCAUGCUAAGCUUGUGCAAGAUCCCCUAUCAAAGUUCUGCAGGCUCUGCCCUACACAGUUGCAUGACUUGUACACCUCAUCUCUGUAAUACUGUAUCACAGAUACAAGUUUAACAGGGCAAGAAACAUUUUAUUACUGUGUAUUGUAACAAAAGUAAUGUAUCAGUCAGCAGGGCACAAAUAUCACAGUCUGUUGUCUUUCACCAAAGACACUGUUUACAAUGUAUUCCACUAAAUCGGAAAGUAUGAGCAAACAGGACGGUUUGAGAAAUGCCACUGCUGUCAUGAAUUAUUUUGCUACCAGUACAUUUCCAGUUUAUAUUAUUUGUCAUAAACACCAGUCAUCCCUAAUCAGCAGCCAUGGUGGUACAUUCCACUAAGAGAUUGUCUAUCCCAACACAAACCAAACUCAGUACAGCGAUUUCAGCCCAAAGCUUAAAUGGAGCUGUGUGCUUUCCUCUGCAAGAAGCUAUUACAGAAGAUCUGCUACAGUGCAGUAGCAGUCCCAGAAGAGUUUGUUGGAACAGUGCAGAAGGAGCUUUACAUUGUCCCCAUCAUCAUUCCUUGACAGGGCCAGCAUGGGGUUAGAUACAGAACACAGCUCCUCUAUACUGUCACCAUCAACCACUCUUAGGACCUGUACAGCAAGGGGUUAGAUAUACGUGUAGGAAGAGCUAUACUUUAUAUUUAACCCCAAGCUAUACCUAUAUGAGAAUGUUUGAUGGGUCACUGAAGAGGCUUACUCUAACUAAUCUGUACUGUACCUGCUCUGGGAGUGUCUGAUUCUGAUAUUGUAUUAUACUCCUAGAAUGUGUUAUACGCUCAUUGCUGACAUCUGCCUGACCGCAAUGAAUAGUUUUGAGUUAUCAGUCACAGGUUGUGUCCCCCUGGAGCUGGGGGCUAUGGGAGUGAUAUGACAUAAGCAGCGAUGAAACGGAGGGUGAUGAUGCUAUGCCAGAGGAUCACACGAGUUAUUCCAACAGUUUAAUAAAACCGAGAAUAACUCUGAGUAACUCCCUAAGUACACAUUCCUUUGGAAACAUCAAAAGAUGCUUUUACCCUCUAAUUACAUUAUCACUAAGUGAAGGCAUUGUACGAAUCUGAUUACAAGCUCAAGUUAGCUCCCACAGUCUUGUCACUUCGUUGAAAAUAGAAUAAACAGCUCACCUGUGGCUAGGUUCUGAGGUUGCUCCUGAUCGUUUCAGAUUCCCAGCAAUUGAAUUUAACUUGCUUGGGCUGUGACAAUUCUGCACUUACCUGCUUUAAUUUCAGUUCCAAUAACGCCUACUAAAUUUUUAAUGAAAAUUGUUUGGGCAGCAGUUUCUCAACUCAAUUUAAUGGGGCUCUGUUAUUUCAGUAGAACAUUGUCUGAAGGUGUCUCUAAAGUAUUCAGUUUUUUCAGCUUGUGAGCAGAAUGUUUCGAUUGUUAUAUUCAGACCAUCUGGUCAUGGAAUGAGGAGCAAAGAGACCCUUACCUCAUGACAAGUAAAUCAGACACAGCACGUCGAACCUACAUCUAAUUCUUACAUUGUGGGAAAACUACAGACAUGGAUUCCCUAUCCCAUUCUCUGACUGAAAAAUCACAGGCAUGGAGCCCCAUCCUGUCCUGUCACCAAUCACAACGUAUAUUCUCUCUCCCAUUCAUCCUUUGUGAAAAUCACAGACAUGGUUUCCCCAAACUAGUUUUACUGUGUAAGUCAAAGACACAUGCCCUCAUUUUGUUCUGUCACCAUGUGAAAUCAGAUAAGAAUUCCCCCAUCCAGUUCUCUCACUGUGAAAAUCAUUAAUCCCACUCCAGACAAUUUAUCUUGCAUAUCAAGACUCAAAUUUUCAUGCUGAAGACAGCAUUUAGCUCACCCCCAUUGUGUUUUAUUGUAUUGAGUGCAUAUUUAUGUUAAAAACACCACCGUGCUUUAUUUCUGGAUGGUAAGACGAUCAUACAGGAGACUCAGAAUCAAGGACAUAGUUGCCUGAGUUAAGGUCCUUCCGAGAGCAGUCAGGGGCUAGCAGGUCCCAUGGAGCUGUGCCCCAGCAAUGCUGCCUGCCAAUGCCACACUGUGCCUGACACACACCGUGAUGUAUGUUAUGGCAAGUCCUUUGUGCUGCUGUUCCAUGGUACACUCCUGCUCAUUCAGUCACUCAGGCUCUCUGGUGACAUCCUGCUUUUUUGUGUCUGUUCUAGUCGAUUGAGGAUGAACUGGCUGGUGUCGAUAAAACGUUCCACACAGUUCACAAAGCAGGUUUCAGUUCUGCUGUCGAGCCGUGGACCUGGUUUAUCCAUACAUUUAUCCUGCCAAAGAAGAGGAAAAUCAAUUAUCAGCAGGACAGGAGUGAUGUGUUGGGACCUGAUCAAAUUUGUCAUGUCAAAGGAAUUGGAGGGAAAUGGGGAACAUUUCUGGCCAGUGGUGAUUACUUUCAAAUAUAGACAGAAUAAACUUG